GAGGUUGCACUAUUUGACCGGUAAAUUCAACAUGUAAAGUUCCAUAGUCUUUGUCAGAACUUGUUGAGUGGAUGCGUCCAGUCAAAAUAUUGCACCUUUGGCCUGCAGCUUCCAGCCUUUCACGCCUCCCUCCCUUCCUCCCUCACCUAUUACGCUUCCUUUCCAUAUAAUUGCCUCCCUCUAUUUAAGCCUCUUUUGCAGGCCAAAAACUUUCCCUAUAUUAUAUAUAUAUACUUCACUUCCUUCAAUUUCCUCCUACGUGGAUCCUUAAAAUCAAAAAGCAGGGGCGGAGAGACAGAGACAAGAGACAGAGAGACAGAGAGACAGAGAAAUGGGUUUCUCAAAGGAAGAGAGAUCAAAAAGGGUUUUGAGGGGUGUGAAGACUGUGUUCUUCUUGAUCACCAUGCUGAUUUCCUUGCUGCUAUUCUCGGCGCCGGUGCUUUUGGUUAUUGCGGAUGCGCUUCUUCCUUCCGCGCUUCUUUCUGCUUCCCUUUCUCCUACUGCUCUUUCUUUACAAACCCUCUCUUCCCAUUUCCAAAACUACGAUUUCCGGUACUCCCUCAUCGACAUACCUCUCAUAUCCAUUAUAAGAUCAGCCAUCAUAAUCUGUGUUUAUAGCUUUUGCGAUGGGCCAAGGCUUUCGCGAGGGCCUUACUUGGGAAUUACGACGAUGUGUUCUGUGUUAUCUUUAAUGUUUGUUUGUUUGAAAGCUUCGUAUGUGUUUGGUGUUUCCGGCACCUUCCGAGGAGGGUAUGUCAGGGCGACGGAGAUAGCGUUGUUCUUAUGCUCGCUAGUUCUGGCUAUUGGGCAUAUUGUCGUCGCCUAUAGAACAAGUUGCAGGGAGAGACGGAAGCUUCUGGUUUACAAAAUUGACAUUGAAGCUAUUUCAGCAUGCAAGAACGGGUUCCCAAGGUAUCAGAAGAUUUUACAGGUGGAAAGGAUGAAGUAACCAAGCAGCAAUGAAGGAGGAGCUUUCAUUAUAUUUUAAUUUCUUUUGUUUGUACGGCCAAUCGAUUUCAGAUUCAAUCGAAGAAGAAAUCUGGCCGGAGCCUAGAGAUUGAAGAAGUUUAGAAACUAACAGGAAAAGUUUACAAACCUACUAUAGAGGUUAUGAUUGCGGCAUCUAUAUAUAUAUAUAUAACUUUUAGGUAGUGUUUGUAUAUAAAAAGGUGAAGGUUUUGAGGCUAGCCGAAGGCUUCCUUUUAUGUAUUGUGCAACUAGAAUAUUGGGUCGUUUUCCAACGAGUGAAUACAAGUUUGUGGCUGAAUGUUUC